AUGGCGGUGCCAACAGAUAUGACCGGCACAAAGCUGGCAGAGACGUUCUCUGCUACGAAGCCUCUGGGGCUCCGGCCAGAGAUCACUCCGUGCAUGAUCUUCGGCCACAGCAGUGCCCUGGCUGAAGCAGAGGGUCACUUGAGCAAGGGCGCCUUUGAUGCUGCCAUCCCUGCUGCGGAAGCAGUGCGGAACGAGUUCCAAGCUAAAGGUGACGCGGUUGGAUCUGCACAUGCCGUCCGAGUACUUCUCCUGGCCCAACUGCAGAAGGUGAUCGCCUCGGAGGAUGACGAUGUGCCAGCCGUCACGGCUGAGUCGACUCUGACAGAGGCGGAGAAGGAGCUGGACAAGUCGAAGUCAGCGGGCAACUCUUCAGCCAAGGCCAUCCUGCAGCUGGCAUUCACGGAGCUCCUGGGUUUCGGCACUUCGCGAACAGGUUGGUCACCAGACCGCCCGAUGCGAGACAAGGCGCUAGACUCGGCGAACCAGGCGGUGGACCUCUUCAAGGAAGCAGGUGACACCAAGAUGUCAGCGGUGGCAAAGCUAGAGAUCUCCUCAUUGCUGUGUCAAGGUGCCGCAGCGAAAACAGCUCUGCAGGCUGCCCAGGAAGCCUUCGACAUCUUCGAGCGGCUCGGCGACAAGCAGGGGAUGGGACGAGCGACCUGGCUGAUGGCACGAUCCAAGCUGGUCGCCAAGGAUUUCGAUGGAGCACUGAGCAAGGGACACGAGGCCCUGGACCUCAUCCGAGCUAGUGGAGACAAGAGGGCGGAGGCAUUGUUCCUGGAGUGCCUCGUGCAGUGGAGCCUUACAGAGGGCAAGCCGCACAAGGCACUGGUCAUGGCGAAGGAGGCUUUUGCCCUUCGGCUUGACUUGGAAGCACCUCCGAAGGAGGAGGCUCGAUCUUGCCUUCUUCUCGUGGAAGCCCUGGCUGGCGUCAAGAAGGUGCGUCGUGGCCUCAAGGCGGCAGAGGAGUGCCACGAUCGCUUGAAGAAGGUGGGUGAUCGAGCGCAAGUCUACGGGCUUGUGGUUGUUGCGAUGGCCCAGCUGAAGAGAGACCAUCCCGAGCUGGCGCUCACAGCCAUCGACGAGGCAAUAGAUAUCGCCCGCGAGAUCGGCGAACGUCGCCUUGAGAUGAUGGCGCAGUGCACGCACGCGGAGGUGAACGUCCAGCUGCAAAGCCGCCCGGAUGCCCUAGAAGCAGCUGAGGAGGCCGCUGCCAUCGCCGAGGAGCUCAAGGAUGCCAAAGCAGAAGCAGAUUGCGAGUGCAUGCUGGUCUCCAUCCUGCUCCGGGGCGUCCUGGACCGUGCUUCCCUGGUUAAGGCCCUCGCGGCGGCCAAAAAGGCGAAGGAGCUCUAUAAAAAGGCUCGCUUCAGGCGGGGUGAGGCGAAAGCCUUGAUCCACCGAGCUUCCGUGUUGGGCAUGGACACCGCCGUCUCAAGUGCUGAGGAGAUGCUGCAGGUGGCCUCGGAAGCCUAUGACCUCUUCGAGGAGGAAGAGGAUCUCCUCGGCCGGUCUGCAGCGCUGCAGCUCGUCGCGGAGGCGCAGCUCGUCAAGGAGGGCUUCGAUGAGGCCUCCCAGGCGGCUCAAGACCGGCGCGCUCUGUGGAAGGGCCUGGGCUGCCGAAAGGAGGAGGGCGAUGCAGUCCUCCAGCUGGCGAGGAUCCUGCUGGCUAGCUCCGAGUAUGACGCAGCCGAGAGACAUGGUAUGGAGGCCCAGAAGAUCUUCCAGGAGGUCGGCGACAAGGCUGCUGAGUCCGUGGCCUGCGUGCACCUGGCACAGGCGUGCUUGAAGAAGAUGAGCGCCGAAGCCGAGGGUGAGACCAAAGAGGCCCUGGCCUCUCCGUCCUACCGGUCUUCUGCAGAGAAGGCUAUGCGUGCUGCAAACGACGCCAUCACCGCCUGCCGCCAUUUAGGCAGCAAGCAACUGCGUGCCGGAGCGCUCUUCUGGCGAGCCCAGGUUUUGGGCUUCCGUGGCCGGCUCGAAGAAUCCCUCCGGGUGGUUCUCGACGCAGAGAAGUGCUUCGAAAGUGCUGGGGCGGGCAGUGCCAUGGUCCAGUGCAAGAUCCUGGCUGCAGAUUGCCUGGCAGGCCUGAAGCACUUCGAGGAGGCCAAAGAAGUUGCAGAUCAAGCCAUGAAGCAAGCGAACGCCUUGCACGACCGCCAGGCGGAAUCGCAGUCGAAGUCGUGCCUCGAGAGAAUCGAGAAGGCCGAGAAGAAGAGCAAGGAGGUGGUCGCGCCACCGGUCCAGCAGAUGAUUGCCGCAGAGCCGGGCCAGGCAGCACCUGCUGCAGGUGCAGCCCCUGCGGCUUCGGCUGUGGCGCCAGAGCAGCCGAAGGGCUUGGACCCUGCGCUGGCAACGAAGCGGCUGAUGAGCAUCGUCAAGGAUGUGAUUGCCGCAGACGACGAAAUUACCGCCGACAGUCCGCUUAUGGAAGCUGGUAUGGACAGUCUGUCGUCCGUCCAGCUCGUCACGGAGGCAGCAUCCUUAUGUGAACGUGCUUAUACCGACCAAGAGCGCAACACGACUCUUGCUUCUUCCACAAACGCUGCAGGUUGCCCUUACUGA